CAUGCAGCUCAUGCUGAAGCCGAAGCUGUUUUCUGGAAUUAGUUAAACUUAGAAGAGGACGAGAGGCGCUCUCGUACCACCCUCGAAUUACCCUUUUGUCCCUAACGGACACACUUGCUCACAGCAGCUUGGGCAUAUCAUGCUGGCGACUCUUCUUUGUGUCAAAGCCUGAAAAGGUCAAAUGCAGGUAGUGCCGCCGUCCUUCUUAGUCAGAGGGCUUCCCGCAAGGGCUCUGCGCCAGCGGGCUGACGUGUCCUCAUGGAGCAAGCGACUGGCUCUGAGGCGUUCCCUGCACAACCAGGGGGCGCAGAUUGCCCAGAUCUUGAGAGCUUGUUGAGGGUCCGUCCUGAUGGGGCGGAGAAGCUGCCAGCAGGGCAGGUGGCCCUGCUUGGCAGCCCAUGUGGGACGCCUAUCCCAAAGAAGAAUGUGUUCCUGUAUGGCUUUGGGCAUGUCCUCAAUGACCUGUGCUCCGCCGCGUGGUUCACGUACCUGCUGCUGUUCCUCACACACAUAGGGCUGUCGCCAAGCCAAGCUGCACUGGUGCUCAUGUGCGGCCAGGUCGCGGACGGGCUGGCCACGCUGGUGGCGGGGCGCAUGAUGGACGCGUUCGGUCACUUAAAGCUGUGGCACGCGGGGGGCUCUGCGCUGGUGGCCCUCUCGUUCAGUUCCAUCUUUGGGGGCUGCCUGCCGUGCUUUAUCUUCGGCACCUCGUCGUCUGCGUUCAUGACGGCCAGCUACGCCGUGUUCGCGAGCGUGUUCAACGUCGGGUGGGCGUGCGUGCAAGUGUCGCACAUGGCGCUUGUGGCCUGCCUCACGGCGCACCCCUCCAGCAGGGUCGCGCUCAACAGCUGCCGCAACGCAUUCACCAUGAUAUCCAACCUGGGCCUGUAUGGGCUCGCAUAUCUGGCCUUCACCAACAUGCCAGGAAAUAAUCCGGAGGAAGUCCAACGCCAGUUCACGGCAGUGGCACUUCCGGCAGUGGCCAUCGGUUCGGCCUUCGUCCUCGUGUUUCUAUUCACCAUUCGUGAGCCCAGCGUCGCACGCACACAGCACGAGCGCGGCUGCGCGCGCGGGUGGAAGUCGUGGUUUGGGCAGGCGCUCUACUACCAGGUGGCGGCCGCGUGCACGCUCACCCGCCUCAUCGCCAACGUGUCGCAGGCCAUGAUUCCCUUCUUCCUGGUACGAGAUCUGUUGAUGGGCCAGUCAGCACAAGCGGUGGUCCCUGCGCUCAUCUUCCUGUGUAGCUUCCUAGCGUCCAUCAUUCUUCAGGAGUUGCAUUGGAACGGCGGCCGGCUGCGCGCGUGCUUCCUGGGGGGAUGCGCGCUGUGGCUGCUGUCCUCCGCGGGCUUCUUCUGGCUGCGCCCCGGCUGGUGCCCCGCCAUCUACGGCCUCGCAGCGCUGGUUGGCACCGCCAACGCCCUCAUGCUGGUGCCUGCGGUGAGCCUGCAGGCGGUGCUGGUGGGGUCGGACGCGGACGGGUGCGCUUUCGUGUACGGCUCGCUCGGCUUCCUGGACAAGAUGGCCUGCGGCGCGGCGCUGUACGCGAUCGAGAUGUUCAACGUCCAACCGGUGUGCACGGUCGGUGACGAUUCUUGCCACGUGUCGUUAGAACGUUGGGUGCUGGGCCCGCUGGUGGGCGUGUGGGCGAUCAUGGCCGCGGCCGUCGUCUUGACCAUGCGCUUGGACUGCGAAGAAGCGGACCCGGAACUGCCCACAAAACGGAAGGUUGAUGAAGCGGGCAUCCGGGAGCCGUUGUUGGGGGCGGAGACUGUGGGAGCCGGCUUGCAUUGAAGAGCCCAUAUUAAGGGAGGGGCUAUUGAUCAUUCUUUGUGCGGCCCUAUAGUAGAUUGAUUGGAAGUAAAGGGUUUGUUAGCACAUGUCCAUACUAUGGCAAACCUGUACAAAACGUGUCUGGCGCAAGGCUCCAUUGAUUAGACAUUAGCAAGUGCCCGCAACAUUUGCUGGAAGUGUACAAAGAGAAAGGAUGUAUAAUGCAGGAAAGGACAAGCGCUUCGAAUACACAGGUUUGCAGACAACGGAACGGUAUAUGCAGUUAGCUUCCAGGUACAUGAGCGUAGUCAAGCGAAAUCUAGUUGAUCAUCAGAGAUUCUGGAGUCUAUAGUUCUGUUGCUGUCGUAUACAACUCUUUCCGAUUGAAGAUCGAAUAUGUUUCUCCACGAAACAAAAAGGCAAGGCCUGCACAACUUCGCGC